AUGCAGGCAACUAUAGAAUCAAUAGUCACUUAUCUAACAUCUCCUGAAAUCAUAGACUAUCAAUUUAUGGUUGACUUCUUUCUCAGCUUCCGGAAUUUCAUUGACUCUCUCCCCUUGCUAGAGUUACUACUCUGUCGUCUUACUUGGUGUCUCAAAAGAUCGCUGUCUGAUGACGAUGCCAUCGCUACUACAGGUAAAUUGGCCCUUGUCCGAACAUUUGUGGCUCUUCGUCACUGGAUUUUAAACCAUUUUCAGGAUGAUUUUCUCAACGACAAGCAAAUGCGUGAGCUUCUCACCUCUACCAUUAAUGAGAUUCCCAAUCACAGCUACUUUAUUGACGAUGACUCAAACUUGCAGGCCAAAGUUAUUGUCAACUUGAAAAAAAGUUACAUUGUUUUGUGCCAUAUAUUCUGGAACACGGUUUCCUUGGCAAAACUUUCUAACACAGAUCUGCUUCAUUACAAUAUUCAAGGUUACGAUUCUAUGCCACGCUCUCGAAUAUCCGUACUAGGAUUGAAGCAAUUGAGUGAUCCUUCCGCUCGUCGUUCUGGAAUAUUAUCCAUGGUUGAACAAAACUCAUCCAGUUCCCUUAACCUGCUUCUGAAAGAGCGUGCUGAUAUGAUUGAAGACGCCACAAACUUAGAAAGCAUUCUACAGCAUAGCAAUCAGACUCACCAGAUACGACUGACCAGGAUCGGAGACAUUUUCUCGAAAGAGAAGUUCAUUCUUCAUCCCAAGGCUUCUUUAUCUUCGUUGGGACCUUGCAAUUUAAAGAAUAUUUCCAGAGAUGGUACUUUAGAAAAUAUUUAUUCCAGCAUGCUACAGCACGUCAAGUCAACGCCUAUUCAAGGAGUGAAACCACUAGUCUUUGGAUCUGCUAGCGACGAAAUUCAUGAAAGUACAGACGAUAAAGAGAAUUAUGGCUUCAGUACUAGAGGCAAAGUUGAGGUUUUCAAGGAUAGUGGGGUCAGGCAGAUUGCCCCAAGUACUCCACUAAAGAAGCUGAAUAGUCGUGUAGAUAUGGACCAUGCAAAAUCCAAUGUUGGUAGCCAACUGGAUUCAAAAGAAGCAUUCUUGCCUCUAUCUCCUACUCGUGUGUCCCGAGGCACUAGGGCCAUCUCUACGACACUCUCACAAAGGCAAAAGAGGAGAACAAAGUUUAUCAAGUAUUUAUUCCAACAAAAAGAAAGCGAAGUCAUGCAGAUUCCUUCAGUGAAAUCAUCUCCUACAUCCAAGCUCCAGGCAAUCAAGAAAUCGCCGCAUAUAAGCAAAACCACUGCAUUAGAACGAACAAUCAAUAUCGAUGGGAAGAUGGAUAUUCUUAGUACUCGUGUGAUAGAGGAUUAUAAUGCAAUGAAAAAGGUUAGAGCAGAAAUGGUUGAGCCUGUUUCAGGAGAAGAGAAUUCUAUCAUUAAGCUACAGGAGCCCGAUGCCAGCUAUUUGCAAGAAUCUCCGACAAAAAAGAAGGGAUCCACUGGGGAAUCAUCGAUCAACUCUUCUGAGUUACUGGCUCAUUUCAACGAUAAGUAUGGCCAGGAGGCAGACAACAUCGAUGAUAGUGAAAUCACUAAGGAGUCCGACACUUCGGCUGUACUUCAGAAUAUUGCUGCCGAAAGCAAUGCAAACUCAAAGAAAGAAAAAGAAGAUAUUCAGAAGAACAAAAACGAGGAAGAUCUCACUUCGUUCAGAACACCAUCUGUAACUAUGAACUGGUCAAAUUCAUUGGACAUAUCGCACUCUACUAGAGAUAUUGUUGAUAUGUCCUUACAUCCAGAUGCCGAGUCUGUCGCUACAGAUAAUGUCAGCACUGAUUCUGAUAAGAGCGCCCCUGUUUGGAAGGCUAACUUGGAGGAUCAGGAAAAGAAUGAACCAAACAAUGCAACAACAACUGUUUCUAUUCCUGCGAGGUGCGAUGUCCCUGUUGCUGAUACUUCCUCCGUAGCGGAAUAUCAGCCUACAUCCCCUUUGUCUCUUCUGAAUGAUGAUACACCUCUCGAAUGUUCUUCGUUGAUUGAAGCUGUACACACUUCAUUAAAAGGGGAUGACAAUAUUAAGGCUUCUACGUCUGAGGCCAAUGGCGAGGUUGAUUUAAACCAAAGAAUAUCUGUUAAAGUAAUAUCUAGAGAUAGCGCAGUUUCCGCUAAGUCGUACAUGACUUACGAUUCUUCUCUCUCUUCAGGUAUUUAUUCAGAUCAGGAUGACACAGCGUCCAAUUCUGUGAAGCUUAGAAAGAAGAACGCAGUUGUGGAUUUACGGGAAGGCCUUGCUGGAUCCGGUAGUUCUUCUCAGAAAGAAGGUCUACAUACACAGUCAGUUACUCCCGAAAAGCGGGUAGACGCUUCUGUUGAUAUGGAAGUCAUUAGUAUGCUGAAAGAGUUACCUUACUAUGAGGAUGGUUUUGAUUCGGGGCCAACCGAACAUGAGGCUUCUCCUUGCUCCAAUUCUUCAUCGACUGUUUCUAUGAUUCCAUCGCCUGCACAAUCGUUUCUUUUACCUUAUCCAGGAAUAUCGCAAACCGCAAUUGCCGAGUUAGCCGCUAUUCCUGACAAAAUGAUUGACUGCAAUCCUAUUGAGUAUGCUCGUAACAAGCUUCGAGGCGACGCAAAGUCCAAGGUGCCAGGUGAUUCAAAAGAGGAUGAUAGUAGGCCUGCUUCAAAUAUUUCUGACUCCAGAAAGAGCCACAAGACUAUAUAUAUGAGUGAUAUGGGAAGCACUGUUUCUGAUGUAGAUGGCACUGCCCAACCAAUCAAGGAUUCGGAUGAGUAUAGCAAUGAAAGCAUCGAUGAGGUUAAGUUGGAGAAGAAGGUUCGUGAUUUGUUUAUUGCUCAGAAUCCUAACAAGUUAGUGGAAAAGGAAGAUGUUCCUUCAGAGAAAUCGAUGGCACCUCAGCUGAAUAACCAAGAGGAAAAACCCUUGGAGUUGAAACCAGAAGCUGGGUGCAGGCUAUCUCGGAAGGAUCGCGCCAAGUACAACUCGACUCUGAUCAGGCACGAGCCAAUGAGAGCUUCGUCGUUUGAUAUGCGGUCCCUUUCCCUUACACCAAAGAAAUUGAUGUAUGGCACACAGCUGCUGAGUGUACAAGAGGCUAUGUACAAGGCAAAUCAUGUGCCGUUUGUGUUGAGUUAUGAUUCAGAUACUCUUCUCCAACAAUUCACACUUAUUGAAAGAGACCUUCUUUUGGAAGUUGACUGGAAAGAAUUGGUGGACAUGAAAUGGGAUACGCCGCUGAUUCCUUAUAGCUCAUGGCUUCGACUUCUGCUGGACCAUUCGGACAAGUCAAGCCUUCAGAUGAUUACUCUUCGAUUUAAUUUGAUGACCAAUUGGAUUAUUUCGGAGAUUUUACUCUGCAAGAACUUAAAUGUCAGAGCUCUCACGAUCUCUAGAUAUAUUCAUCUGGCCAGCUCUUGCAGGAAAAGGCAGAAUUUUGCCACCAUGUUCCAGAUAAUGUUAGCAUUGACUUCUUCAAUGAUUAAAAAGCUUAAAGUUACGUGGAGCAGUUUAGAUGCAGGAGAUUUUCUGAUAUUGAAGGAGUUAAAAGAUGCUACUUCGCCUAACAAUAACUUUAAGGCCAUUAGGGAAGAAAUGGAUACGGUUAUUCCGUCCAAGGGUAUUAUUCCAUUCUUAGCUCUAGAUAUGAGCGAUCUUAAUAUCAAUUCUGAGCGAUUGAGCAUUCUUAAAUGUCCUGUCGAAAAUAAGAGAGAGGAACAGAUAUCAGGGGCAGGAGAGGAUGACAUGGACAAUGCAAACGAGAUCAUUAAUAAUGAUCCGUACGAGUUGAUCAAUUUCGACAAAUUUAGAACGAGAUGUACCAUUUUGAAGCAGAUUCUUCGACUGAUUGACUGGUCAAGGCUUUACAUGCUAAAGAGAAAUGACGAGGUACUUUCAAAAUGUCUGUACGUAAGUUCACUCAGCGAGGAAGAAAUGGAGUACUGCUUCGAGCAUUUAGAAGAGGCUUGA